GCUACUGUAGGUUCUCAAGUACACGUCUCCGGGAAGCAAGUACCACCAUGACUAUCGCAUAGCCAAGAUCAAAAAGCCUAACCCUGAAUACCACAAGGGCCCACAGCGCAAACGACGGAGAAAGUCCACACUACCACCUCCGCCACCCCCGCCAUUUGUCAAUGUCAUGGCAUUCUGGGCGCUCAACCCUGGUGUCGUUUUUUCAGAAAUUGCAAGCUAUUCGCGCUCGAUCAUCCUGACGAGCGGAACGCUGUCACCGCUCGACAGCUACGAGUCGGAGCUGCAGGUGUAUUUUGCAAGCAAGCUCGAGGCCAGCCACGUCAUCGACCCUGCCCGCUUCUCUGCCAUGGCCAUUGAGUGUGGGCCAUCUGGAUUGGUUCUCGAGGGCAAGUAUAACACAGUGGACACAUUUUCGUUUCAGGACGACGUUGGCCAGGCGCUGUGUUCUAUUGCUUCCAGUUCUCCCGACGGCAUGUUGGUUUUCGUCACUUCCUACGCCCUGUUAAACAAGCUGAUUGCGCGUUGGAGAAUGACCGGACAUUACGACGAGCUCAACGUGCACAAGACCGUGUUUGUCGAGCCCAGGGGCGGAUCCAAGGACGAGUUUGAGAAGCUGCUGGCUGAAUACCGCAGAUGCCUUGCUAGUGACAGGCUGCCCGGCCAGCCUCUGGCCCGAGGCGCAGUGAUGUUUGCUGUGUACCGCGGCAAGGUCUCUGAGGGAAUUGACUUUUCAGACUUUUUCUGUCGCACGGUGGUCAACAUUGGCAUUCCGUACCCGGCAUUCAAGGACGUCAAGGUCAUGUUGAAGCGCGAGUACAAUGACCAAAUGUAUAGACAAUACCAGUAUCCCCAAGGUUCAAGCAACGGCAACCAAGCAGCUGCUUCUACGGGCUUGCUGAAUGGAUCCAAGUGGUACGAUACCCAGGCCUUCCGGGCGAUUAACCAAGCGCUCGGCCGCUGUCUUCGGCACAAAGACGACUGGGGAGCAAUCAUUAUGCUGGAGUCCCGGUUUGGUCAGUCGUGGAAUAUCAACCGUUUGUCCAAAUGGGUUCGUCAGCAUUUGCGCGUGCAUAGGAAUUUUGGUUCGGCAAUGGCGAGCCUCGACGAGUUUUACCGCGUGCGCAUUCAGGAAGAUCAAUUGACAUUUGCUGAGACGCCCGACAUUGCGGAAGUGCAAACCCUGACUGGUGAUGUUGCUGGUGGCGAUUCUGAUGUUGAUGUUGAGUUUAACGCCGGUUCAUAUCCUUGUAUUUAAUAUUGAAACUGUGUCAGGGGGGGCCUUUGAUCUGACAAGUAUACUUUAAAAUCGAAGUAAUUUACUAACACCCCUUUCUAAAAGUUAUUUCGCUAUUUAUAUAUAAUGAUUGUUUUUUAAACGUUACGUGGGUGUUUAAGUGUUUGGUAAGGCUGGCUACGUUGCGUGUAAUUGAAUUGGACAACCUCUAUAUUUUACAAUAUCGGGCUCAUUCAACCCGCCAUACACAAUAGCACAUUGCUACGCCAACACGUACAUGUAUGUUAAAG